AUGUCUCACGACGAUGGAUUAAUACGUAAACUAAAACAAUUAAAAAAUAAUGGUUUUAUAACUGAAAAAGAAUAUAAUUUUUGUCGCCCAACUGGCUCACAGCCUGCUAGAAUAUACGGCUUACCUAAAAUUCAUAAAAUUGGAGCACCACUUCGACCAAUCGUUUCAGCUUCAGGUACAUUUAAUUGCAAUCUAGCCAAACUAUUGGCUAAUAAACUAGACCAUUUAAGAAAAAACGGCACAAUCAUAACUAAUACAUUUGCUUUCGUAGAUGAAUUACUUGCAUUAGAAUUUGAUAACUCUCAGAUAAAAAUGGUGUCUUUGGAUAUCACCAGCUUAUUCACUAAUGUUCCAUUACAGCACACUAUACAAAUAUUUCUUGAUAAACUGUAUGGACCAGAACAUACCUGUACAUAUAGUGAUAAGAAACGAGAUGAUUGGUAUCAAAAAUGUAAAAACAGAUUUGAAAUGAAAUAUUUAUUAGACACCUCAACACAAGAUACAAACUUUAUCUUUAAUAACAAGAUCUAUUCACAAAUCAAUGGAGUUGCAAUGGGUUCUCCACUUGGACCUGUGUUUGCUGAUAUAUAUGUCAAUUAUCUUGAGAAUAAAUUAAUGUCACAUGCUGAUUUAAAUAAGAUAAUUGAUAUACUCAAUAGUUUUGAUAAUUGUAUUGUUUUCACAUGUGAAGAAGAAGUAAAUAACUCAUUACCUUUUCUUGACAUAUAUAUUACACGACUACCAACUAACAAUUCAACAAAUAAUUUAAAUAAUAUUCUAUCUAAUAAUUCAACAAAUAAUAUUUCAACUAACGUUUUAUCCAAUAAUCUAAAUAAUAAUCUAAAUAAUAAAUCAUCUAAUAAUUCAACGAUUAGUUCAAAUAAUAAAUCAUCUAUUAGUUUAAAUUAUAAAUCUUUUUAUAGCUCAAAUAAUAAAUUAUCUAAUAACUCAAUAAAAAACUUCAUUAAUAAUUUAAAUAAUAAAGCAGCUGAUAAUUUAACAAUUAGUUCCAAUAAUAAAUCAUUGAAUAGUUCAACUGUUAACUCAAACAAUAUAGUAUUUAAUAAUUCCAUAAAUAAUCUAAGUACCAAAUCAUUUAAUAUUUCAAAUGUUGCUUCAACUAGUAAUUCAAUUAACAAUUUAAGUAAUAUGCCAACUAGUAUUUCUACUAAUAAUAAUACACAAAUUUCUUCUAAAUCAUUUGCUACUACCAUAUAUAGAAAACCAACAUAUACUGGUUUAAUAAUCAAAUGGAGUUCUUUCGUUCCCCAUACAUAUAAAGUUAGUACCAUAAGCAGUAUGGUUUAUAGAGCAAUAAGGAUAUGUUCGUCCUAUGAUUUAAUGCAUGAACAAUUUGAAUUUAUAGAAUUUAUUGGUAUCGAAAAUGGUUAUCCAGAAGGUUUUAUAAAAGCACAGAUCAGGAAAACACUAGGUAGAUAUUUUGAUAAGAUCAAUGGAACACAAAUAUAUAAAUCAAAAAAUAAAACAAAUAACGAUAAAGAUAAUUCGAUAAAACGAGAGCAGGUCUUCAUUGAUAUUCCCUUUUUUGGUAAACAAACGGAAAUCUUAGGGAAACGAAUAAUUAACUUGGCAAAAUCCAUAAAUACACAAAUACACAUUCAACCAGUUCAACGACCAUCUUCAUCUAUAUCUAAAUAUUUUCCAACUAAAGAUCCAAUACCUAAACUACUUAGAUCAAAUAUCGUUUAUAAGUUAGAUUGUUCUAAUUGUGAAUCUACCUAUAUAGGCAAAACAAUUCGACAAACCUAUAGAAGACUUCAAGAACAUGGAGCUAAUUUCUUGAAAGAAAAGGAAAAUAAAUCUCAAUCGCUCGAUAUAGUUGAUAAUUCUAAUAAUCUUAGACGAUCUGACAGAAAUAAAGGAAAAACUGUACAAUAUUUUCCAAAGAUACAAAAUGAAUCAAUUGAUUCUGAACAAAACAAUCUAACACAUUCAGCAGUUAAACAACAUGAAAUUAAUAAUAAUCAUAAAAUAGAUUGGGAAAAUUGUAAUAUUAUUGCUAAAGAUAAUAAACACUACCGAUUGUUAGUAAAAGAAUCAUUGUUAAUUUGUAAUAGUAAACCUACUCUAAAUAAAACAAUUUGUUCAGUACCACUAAUAAUAUAUCCUGAGGGACUAACAAAAAAACCUAAAGUCAAGAUUAAAUCAACGAUAGAUGCACUACCAAAGGGGGGAGAAUCAGUGUUAUGA